UCUCUCUCUCUCUAUAUAUAUAUAUACUAUACUUCAUCUCUAAACUGAACAUUCGAAUCGAGAACACGCCGCAGAAGAGACGGUCCUCCAAUUUGAUUCCAUAGAUCCAUCAGGUGCUAGGUUUUUUCUUUCUUUUCUGAUCGUCUUAUCUCGCUCUCCAAUUGGAUGUUAGGUUGAUAGUUCUCUCUAUCUGGAAGAAUCCUAUCAAUUUAUAUAUUGGUAGGGUUCUAUUUGAUUUGAUCAACAAAAAUUGAGAUUUGUGUUUAUUUAUACUCUUAUGUUAUAGUUCAGGGUUGUUGUUGUUGUUGUUAUACUUGUUGCAUUUCUAGAACAAUAGUUAAUGGCAUCUUACAGACCAUUUCCUCCGCCUCCACAAACAAAUUUUGUUCCUCCUCCCCCAAAUCAGAAGAACAGUCUUUCACCAUCUGUACCUAUUGCACCACAGCCUAGAGGAAAUCAUUACCCACAAAAUUGGGCUUAUGGGUCUGGUGGGGAUGCAUCUUAUGCUUCUCAGAAUUACAACCAGGCAAGUGGAAAUCAACCUACUGGUUAUGGAAGUUAUGGUCCUCCUAGAAAUCAGUUACCUCCUCCUCCCCCUCCAACUCAUUCACAACAACAAACACAGUAUCCAUAUCCUAUGCCACCACCACCUCCCCCACCUGAUUCAUCAUACCAACCUCCACCUCCACCUCCUCCAUCAGUUCCUCAAAACUCAGUAUACUAUCAAACUUCUAAUUAUUCUCAAUUUGAUAAUCAAUCAUUACAGCCACCACCACCACCACCUCCUUCAUCUCCUCCCCCGAGUUCUUCAAUCCCUCCACCACCUCCUCCUUCAACAGAACCCCCACCACUUCCACCACCACCACCUUCAUCACUUCCCACUAAUGGAACUAAAGUAGACGGUCAAAGAGGGGUAUCCAGGGAUAGAACAAGUCAUGUCAAUGAAGCUGCUACAGCUAAGAGGCAUAAGUCUUCUCUUCCUCCGAUGCCAGCUAAGAAACCAAGCGGGCCUCCAGGGAGGAUCGAGACCGAGGAAGAAAGAAGGGUGAGGAAAACGAGAGAGAUGGAAAAGCAAAGGCAAGAAGCUAAGCAUAGGCAGCAUUUGAAGGAAUCGCAAAAUGCGGUUCUGCAGAAGACCCAAAUGCUGUCUUCUGGCAUGAGAGGUCAUGGUUCAGUUGCUGGGUCACGGAUGGGUGAGAGGAGGACUACUACAGCACUUUUGGGUGGUGAAAGGACUGAAAACCGCCUAAAAAAGCCUACAACAUUUAUUUGUAAAUUAAAAUUCCGCAAUGAAUUACCAGAGCCAGCUGCACAAUUAAAGCUUAUGUCUUUGAAAAGGGAUAAAGAGAGAUUUACUAAAUACACAAUUACAUCACUGGAGGAGUUGCACAAGCCUCAACUCUAUGUUGAGCCUGAUCUUGGGAUACCUCUUGAUCUUCUUGAUCUUAGCAUAUACAAUCAUCCCAAAGGUGAAAGGUUACAAUUAGAUCCAGAAGACGAAGAGCUAUUACUUGACGACAGCCCAGUAACUCCUUUGAAAAAAGAUGGUAUUCGCAGGAAAGAAAGGCCUACAGAUAAAGGUCUCUCUUGGCUUGUCAAAACACAAUACAUCUCCCCUCUCAGCAUGGAAUCAGCAAAGCAGCCUCUAACUGAGAAACAAGCAAAAGAAUUACGAGACGCACGGGGAAAAAAUAUUCUGGAGAACUUCAAUAGCAGGGAUAGAAAAAUCAAGGGAAUUGAGGCUUCAUUUGAGGCAUGCAAGUCACUUCCUGUUCAUGCAACCAACAAGAAUCUUCAACCUAUUGAAAUACUACCAUUAAUGCCUGAUUUUGAUAGAUACGAUGAUCAGUUUGUCAUGGCAACAUUUGACAGUGCUCCAACUGCUGAUUUAGAAAAUUACAGAAAAUUGGACAAAUCUGUUCGUGAUGAGCUUGAAUCUCGGUCUGUCAUGAAAAGUUAUGUUUCAAAGGGUUCAGGAUCGGAAAAGCCCGAAAGAUGUUUAGCUUUCAUGACGCCAUUAGCUGACGAGCUACACAAAGACAUGUAUGAUGAAGAAGAAGACAUCUCAUAUUCAUGGAUUCGUGAGUACCAAUGGGAUGUACGAGGGGAGGAUGCAGAUGAUCCAACAACAUACUUGGUAGCGUUUGGCGAAUCAGAUGCGCGUUAUGUGCCUCUGCCGACAAAACUGGUCUUAAGGAAAAAGAGGUCAAAAGAAGGGAAGUCAGCUGAAGUAGUAGAACAAUUCUUACCACCUUCAAGCGUCACAAUAAGAAAACGACCAGUUGCUGCUGUCAUUGAAUCGAGGGUCGAAUCAGAGGAUUAUGAAGCAGGAAGAAGUGGUAAAGUCUCAGGUAAGAGCAACACCUCCUUAUCAAGGCGGCAUAAGGUUGGAAGUGGCAGAGACGAAGAUUUGGAUCAUUCAAGUGAGGCAGAAUAUAUGUCUGACUAACCGGAGCACAACCCACCAACCACCACCACCAUAUUAAGGCGGCAGAAGAAGUUGGAUCCUUUUAUUAUUUGAACAAAAACACGGCUUCAUUUGGAAACAAGUCUACCUUGUAGAUAAAGAAGGAUCCUCUUACCAACUUUCAAAUGUGUGGAAGUUAUUUUUUCUGUUAGAUUUCUCUAAAAUUCUCCGGUUUCGGGGAACAUUUGAAAUAGGUUCUGAAAUUUAUUAGCAGUUUGUCAUUCAUAUUUAGAAACAAAAGUCUCUACUAUUUGUGCACAAACAUGAAACAAUUUCCUCUCAUAUAAUUAUUAUGUUCCUACCAACCAUUUCAUAUUAUUUGAUUCA